GUGUCUAGUUAACCACGCACACCUCGACAGACUUCUUACAUGAGUGUGUUUGGUGAAGCGUUACAUAAAGAGAGCAGACAGACAAUGUUUUAGAUAUCAUUUUCGUUUUACUCCGAGCCAAAACAUAAUUGUACUGCUAUAACAGCUAUCUUGUGGCUUAGUUCUGAGAAUUAUGUUUAGUUACACGCAAUAUGUUUCAGGCUGACUCCACCUGCUGGCUUGUAAGCAUUUUGAGCACAUUACACUGACUGAACGUCGUCAGCUGACUGCUGGUUUUACGUUAGUUGAACUGACACCGAGGAAAGUGGAUCAGUGCGUCAACUCACGAAUUUGUAUUUAAAUAGGCUCAGGUUGAAGGAUUAUAUCGCUAGAUAUUUCUUUCUCCAAGCUUCAGCAUCGGUCGUGUAAAGUUUUCUGGAUUUCAGACAGCGCGUGGUGGUAAAGCAGCAUGUCAAGGUCAGAUUUCCCUCCGAGUUAUGAUGAUUCCCGGCUGCUCUCUAACCCUCAGCCUGGAGGAGGUUACCCCGCUUCUGUCCCCCCAUAUGAUUUCAACGCAUACGCGGGACAGCCGCCUUACCCACAGCCCAAUGAUCCAUACCGAGGACAGCCGCCUUACCCACAGCCCAAUGAUCCAUACCGAGGACAGCCGCCUUACCCACAGCCCAAUGAUCCAUACCGAGGACAGCCGCCUUACCCACAGCCCAAUGAUCCAUACCGAGGACAGCCGCCUUACCCACAGCCCAAUGAUCCAUACCGAGGACAGCCGCCUUACCCACAGCCCAAUGAUCCAUACCGAGGACAGCCUGCGGGAUACCCCCCGCCAAAUAUACCUGCCUUCCCCAUCAUUCCUCCUGGUGUAGGUGACAUUGAAGGAUUUACCACAACAGGAGGAUUCGACGAUAUUAGUGUCCGUCACACUUUUAUACGGAAAGUUUAUCUGAUCCUCGCUUCUCAGCUUAUCGUCACAGCUGCCAUCGUGGCUAUUUUCACAUUUGUGGAACCUGUAGGAACGUUUGUGAGGAAAAAUCCAGCCAUUUACUGGGUUUCAUAUGCUGUCUAUUUGGUCACACACAUCGUAUUGGUUUGCUGUCAGGGACCCAGGAGGCGUUUCCCGUGGAACCUGAUCCUGUUGUCUGUUUUUACGCUGGCCUUAUCGUUCAUGACUGGAAAUAUAGCAAGCUAUUACAGCACUAGGGCAGUUUUCCUGGCCCUGGCCAUCACUGUUCUUGUAUCUGUUGCGGUGACAGUGUUCUGCUUCCAGACUAAGGUGGAUUUCACUAAAUGUUCAGGAUUUUUCUGUGUCCUCGGAAUCGUAGUGUUUGUGACUGGCAUCAUCACGGCUAUCGUGCUGUCAUUCAAAUAUAUCCCAUGGCUUCACAUGCUCUAUGCAGCAAUAGGGGCCAUUGCAUUCACUCUGUUUCUGGCCUAUCAUACCCAGCUGCUCAUCGGAAACAGAAAGCUCUCCAUCGGCCCGGAGGAGUAUGUGUUUGCGGCCCUCUCCCUUUAUGUUGACAUUGUCCAGAUCUUCAUCUUCCUUCUGCAAAUUAUCGGAUUUGCAGAGAGAUAGAAGCUUCAAGCUGGCUGAUGGACCUUUUCUGUACCAUCAUAAUGGCUUUAAUGUUUAUGCACUUCUCAGUCUAGUCCCAGCUAACAUCUACUCAAAUAAUACGGAAAUUGUAAAAUAUAUCUAGCUUUAUACUAAUUGAACAACUGGUAAGGGAUGAAUAUCAUUUCCAUGAUUUACUAACCAUAUGCAUGUAUUCCGAUAAAAUAUGAGUGAUAUUUUAUAGCCAAUACUGUGUUCUUGAUUCCAUGUCAUAGAAAUGGAAACUGUCUAUUAGAAAUUUCUACUGUAUUGAUUUAGAUUUGCUGUAUUAUCUAUAGAUAUUACAUGUGUGUGGUUCAUUUUGGUCGAGGGUUUAGCUUUUCUGCUGUGUACAUACAAUCUUAACUAUUUCAGUUAAUGAAUAGAGUAUUUAUCGCAGACAUCUUUAUAUACAAUAGAAAAAAUUAUAUCAGAUGUUUCCCUUCAACUUUGGGGAAAUAAAUGUCUUUACUUAAUAAAUUUGAUAUUAUGUGAUGUACAAUGGUGCCUUUCCUUUGUUUAGAUACACCAUGAAUAAAUAGUCAUAAAAGGUGUCACCUACAUAUAAAUGGAUUAUAUAAUUGAAUUAUAUAAACAAAAUGAACCUGUAUUUUCUGUUAGUGUUCUCAUGCCACACGUUGGACAACAAUGUGGUUGAGGUUUGAUAUGUAAUCGUUGUCAUUGUGAGGAUAAUCAUAAUAAAAGGAACAUGAGUAUUA